CAGGAAUUUAUAAUCAUGCGUGAAUGUCUCUCUGUCCAUGUUGGCCAGGCCGGCGUCCAAAUGGGAAAUGCAUGCUGGGAGCUCUACUGCCUGGAGCACGGCAUCCAGCCCGAUGGUCAGAUGCCCAGUGACAAGACCAUCGGAGGAGGAGACGACUCCUUCAACACCUUCUUUAGUGAGACUGGAGCUGGCAAACAUGUUCCCAGAGCCGUCUUUGUGGACUUGGAGCCAACAGUCAUUGAUGAGGUCCGUACAGGAACCUACCGCCAGCUCUUCCAUCCUGAGCAGCUGAUCACCGGAAAGGAAGAUGCAGCCAACAACUACGCUCGUGGUCACUACACCAUCGGCAAGGAGAUCAUCGACCUGGUUCUUGACAGGAUUCGUAAACUGGCUGACCAAUGCACAGGGCUCCAAGGGUUCCUCAUCUUCCACUCAUUUGGAGGAGGAACCGGCUCAGGCUUCACCUCUCUGCUGAUGGAGCGUCUCUCUGUUGAUUACGGCCAAAAGUCCAAACUCGAGUUUGCCAUCUAUCCAGCCCCCCAGGUGUCCACCGCUGUGGUGGAGCCCUACAACUCCAUCCUGACCACCCACACCACCCUGGAGCACUCGGACUGCGCCUUCAUGGUGGACAAUGAGGCCAUCUACGACAUCUGCCGCAGGAACCUGGACAUCGAGCGCCCCACCUACACCAACCUCAACAGGCUGAUUGGCCAGAUCGUCUCCUCCAUCACCGCCUCCCUGCGCUUCGACGGCGCCUUAAACGUGGACCUGACGGAGUUCCAGACCAACUUGGUGCCCUACCCUCGUAUCCAUUUCCCUCUGGCCACCUACGCUCCGGUUAUCUCAGCAGAGAAGGCCUACCACGAGCAGCUCACUGUGGCUGACAUCACCAACGCCUGCUUCGAGCCAGCCAAUCAGAUGGUGAAAUGCGACCCUCGCCACGGCAAGUACAUGGCCUGCUGUCUCCUGUACCGCGGUGAUGUAGUGCCCAAAGAUGUCAACUCUGCCAUCGCCACCAUCAAAACAAAGCGCACCAUCCAGUUUGUGGACUGGUGUCCCACAGGCUUCAAGGUGGGCAUCAACUACCAGCCUCCCACUGUGGUUCCUGGAGGAGACCUGGCCAAGGUGCAGAGGGCCGUGUGCAUGCUGAGCAACACCACCGCCAUCGCCGAGGCCUGGGCUCGCCUCGACCACAAGUUCGACCUGAUGUACGCCAAGAGGGCCUUCGUCCACUGGUACGUCGGAGAGGGGAUGGAGGAGGGAGAGUUCUCGGAGGCCAGAGAGGACAUGGCUGCCCUGGAGAAGGAUUACGAAGAGGUGGGCACUGACAGCGUCGGUGAGGAAGGAGAGGAAGAGUACUAAGAGACUGACACAAGGAGUUAAAUGUAUUCACGCAACUGUAUUUCAAUUGUCACAAAACUGUAACAAUAUUCUGUGUUUACACUUUAAAACAAUAACACUAUGUAGAAUAAAGCAAAACUGCUAAGCAUU